CCACGGUGACGCUCGUUGCCUAACCCGGAAACGGCAGCAGCGAAAUCGCUUUUCUUCCUCUUCAUUCGGUCAGUGCCGCUGGCUUCCUCGCGUGGUGUCCAGACGUCGACUCCAGGGCUUUUCUCCACGGAACCUCGAGGGGCUGACCUCUGGUGGAGGACUGUGACCCGGGGCCACCUGCCAGGCCGGGCUUCCCUGCUCCUGACCGACCGCCUCACAGCUCCCCUGCUGGUAUCGUAACAUGGGGAACCUACUGAAAGUUUUGACUUGCACGGAUCUGGAACAGGAGCCCAAUUUUUUCCUGGAUUUUGAAAAUGCUCGGCCCACGGACGCGGAGCGAGAAGUGUGGGAGCAGGUCGACGUGGUGCUGAAGGACGCUAAGGGGAUCCUGGACGAGCUGCAGGCGUACAAAGGAGCCGGGCAGGAGAUCAGAGAGGCGAUCCAGAGUCCAAGUGAUGAGGCGCUGCAGGAGAAGGCGUGGGCGGCUGUAGUUCCUCUGGUGGGGAGACUGAAGAAGUUCUUUCAGUUCUCCCAGAGAUUAGAGGCGGCGCUGCACAGCCUGCUGGGAGCUCUGACCAGCGAGACGUACCACGACUCCACCCAGCACCUGGAGCGGGAGCAGGCGCUGGCCAAGCAGUUCGCGGAGAUCCUGCACUUCACACUGCGCUUUGAUGAGCUAAAAAUGACGAAUCCCGCCAUUCAGAAUGACUUCAGCUACUACAGGAGAACGCUGAGCCGGAUGCGGAUCAACAACGUACCGGCGGAGGGCGAGAACGAAGUCAACAAUGAACUGGCCAAUAGGAUAUCCCUGUUCUACGCCGAUGCCACGCCCAUGCUGAAAGCACUGAGUGACGGCACAACGAAGUUUGUCUCCGAGAACAAGAACUUGCCCAUCGAGAACACGACUGACUGCUUAAGCACGAUGGCGACUGUGUGUAAAGUCAUGUUGGAAACGCCGGAGUACCGCAGCCGCUUCGCCAGCGAGGAGACGGUGUCUUUCUGCCUGCGGGUGAUGGUCGGCGUCAUCAUCCUGUACGACUACGUCCAUCCCGUAGGAGCAUUUGCAAAGUCGUCCAAGAUCGACAUGAAAGGCUGCAUCAAAGUCCUCAAAGAUCAGCCUCCGAACAGCGUCGAAGGCCUUCUCAACGCUCUCAGGUACACAACUAAGCAUCUGAAUGAUGAAUCAACCAACAAGACUAUCAAGAGCAUGCUGCAGUAGACUGCGCUGCUACAGCUGCUAGCCUCACGCCCUGCUGGGGGGGACGCCACUCUCCUGACUGAUGUCGGUGCACAGAAUGUUUUGUUUUCGUUGCUUUAUUUUUGUUUGUGAUGGAAAAAGAGCUAUAGCUCCGCCCUCUUUUUAUGAUGCGAAAUGCUACUGCCAUUCUGAACGUCUUUUUCUGUGCCAAAAAGAUGUUGCCGGUUUGUAAUGUUUUCGAUAAUAGGCCAUGCGACAAUGGCAGCUAAUGGAAACAUUGUGCAUCCUCUGGUGUUCUCACACUUGUUUUUCCCUCUAUAAGGGACGGGAGUGCUUUGACUUGAAAAUUUAAAAGAGAGAUAUAUAGAGAAGUAUAUAUUAUUUUUGUUUGAUUCGUUAUUUAAUAUUACAUCCUCUGCAUGAUUACAAAUUGUCUUUUCCUUCUAUUUAAACAAAAACAAAUGGUUCAGUUUAAUUUGUCUGCUUUAUUGUGCAUUACAUGUUUUUGUUUUUGAAAUGGUACCUGUCAAAAUGAGAUUUAAGAGUACUGGUUUUAUAUUUUUUAUAGGUUUUAAUUUGUGCAUAUGUCCUAUUUUUUCAUAGUUGUGUUGUAUUUUUCAUUUGAAAACUUUAAACUGUGAUGUGUGCAAAAUCAAAUUAAAAUUGGGAGUAUGUACUGUAAAUGGACAGUAUGUCAUGUAUGCUGGAGAAAUUAAAACGAGAACUCUUGUUUUCUACAA